AUAUAUUUAUACAAAAACCGCUCCUCUGUACCCUACCCAGAAUAUUUUGACCGUUGCAAUUCUUCUUCUCUUCUUCUUCCCGGAAAAGAGCCCUCUUUGUUUGAUUGCAGAGAAAGGCACUUUUCAUCUUCUCCAUUGCUCCAUUGAAACAAACAAUCAAACGGACAUAAACCCGAGCCGUUUUUUACCCGCUAAACCCAACAGCUCAACACAACGGAGAGGAUCGAAAGAUAUCCAGAAAUGGAUUCCGAACAGAGAAGGAAAAGCGGCAUUAAUCUCCCAGCUGGGAUGACUGAAACAUCGUUGCGUCUUGACACAUUGUCGGGUUCCUUCCGCGCGACGUCGAGCUUAUCUUCUCCGUCUUUUCGCGGGAUAUCGAGCUUGUCUUCUCCGUCGAAGUCGUCAUCUUGCAGCGACAGAUUUAUUCCUUGCAGAUCUUCUUCAAGGCUGCAUACUUUUGGGUUGAUAGAGAAGGGAUCGCCGGUUAAGGAAGGGGGCAAUGAGGCGUACGCGAGGCUGUUGAAAUCUGAGCUUUUCGGAUCUGAUUUUGGUUCAUUUUCUCCUGCAGGUCAAGGGAUGUCUCCCAUGAGUCCUAGCAAGAACAUGUUGAGAUUCAAGACUGAUCAUUCGGGUCCUAAUUCGCCGUAUUCACCUUCGAUUCUGGGGCAAGAAAGUGGGUUUUCUACCGAGGUCUCUACCCCUCCUAAGCCACCUAGAAAAGUACCCAAAACUCCCCAUAAGGUUUUGGAUGCUCCAUCACUUCAAGAUGACUUCUACUUGAACCUGGUAGAUUGGUCUUCACAGAAUGUUCUUGCAGUUGGGUUGGGUACUUGUGUUUAUUUAUGGACUGCAUCAAAUAGCAAAGUGACAAAGUUGUGUGACUUGGGACCUAGUGAUGGUGUGUGUUCAGUUCAGUGGACAAGGGAGGGUUCCUAUAUUUCCAUUGGUACCAGUCUUGGUCAAGUUCAGGUAUGGGAUGGAACUCAGUGCAAGAGGGUCCGGACAAUGGGUGGACAUCAGACGAGAACUGGCGUCUUGGCAUGGAAUUCAAGGAUAUUAUCAUCUGGGAGUAGGGACAGAAACAUACUUCAACAUGACCUUCGUGUACAAAGUGACUUUGUUAGCAAACUUUCUGGACACAAAUCUGAGGUAUGUGGGUUGAAAUGGUCCCAUGAUGAUAGGGAACUUGCAUCCGGUGGAAAUGAUAAUCAGCUCUUGGUGUGGAACCAGCAUUCUCAGGAGCCUGUUUUGAAACUAACAGAACAUACAGCAGCUGUCAAAGCCAUUGCAUGGUCGCCUCACCAGAGCAGCCUUCUUGCGUCUGGAGGUGGAACUGCUGAUAGAUGUAUUCGCUUCUGGAACACGACAAACGGACAUCAAUUAAACAGUGUCGAUACCGGCAGCCAGGUCUGUAAUCUAGCUUGGAGUAAGAAUGUAAAUGAAUUAGUCAGCACUCAUGGGUAUUCUCAGAACCAGAUCAUGGUGUGGAAGUAUCCAUCAAUGGCGAAGGUUGCAACUCUAACGGGUCAUAGUCUGCGUGUACUCUAUCUUGCUAUGUCACCAGAUGGUCAGACGAUUGUAACCGGAGCAGGAGACGAGACCUUGCGAUUCUGGAAUGUAUUCCCUUCUAUGAAAACACAGACUCCAGUCAAAGAUACAGGCCUAUGGUCAUUAGGACGAACCCAGAUCCGGUGAUAAAUUAAAUUAUACGGAGAAACAGCUUUUAGGAACAUAAGUGAAGAGAUUGGAAAAUAUAAUAAUUCAAUUUUUGUUUGCUUUUCUGUUUUAUGUAAGUGUAUAUAGGAAUUCAUAAAGACACACAAGAAAAAAGAAAUAGAUUCUGUAAAAUAAAAAAUAAAAAAAGAAGAUUGUAAAGAGCUCUAGUGUAGUAACUUUUUUUGCUCUUCUGGUUUCUGGAACCACUUAGGAAGAGGAGGGGAGGGUUCUGUAAAUUUUACCUCUUUUAGGUUUUUGGAAGCUACUCGUUUGUUUUUUUAUUUUUUUUUGGCUGGAAAGGUUUUUAUGAAAGAAAUGUUGCAACAGA